AAUAAGAAUCAAAUAACGUGCAUAGCACGUACUCGUGCUAAGUAAAACUUUAAAACUCAGCGGUGUCAUAUUUCUGGACACAGCGCCAACCGAGAGAGAGAGAGGGUGAGAUUCAGAGAGGUCAGUCUAGAGAGAGAGGGGAGAGGCUAGAGAGAGAGAGAGGAGAGAAUGGGUUUGCAAUGGGUGAUUCUCUCGUAUGUGGUUGCAGCAGAGGCCGCUGUUGCCCUAUUUCUCACAUUACCUUCUCCAAGCAUCAUAAAAUCUCGGAUCGUGAGCCUUGUCUCCUUGAUUUUACAGCCGGCCCUUGGAAUAGUGCCUUUUGCUGGUUUCCAGCUCAUGGAUAUUUACUGGAAGCAAGAGCAUCGCUUGAUGUGUACGUCUGAAACAUGUACGGCAGCUGAAAGGGAUCGAUACGAAAAAUCAAUAUAUAAAGCUCAAAGAAACGCAAUUCUCUGUUUGGCCGCUUGUCUUCUUUACUGGUUUGUGCACCGUAUCUGUAACUACUACAAAGAACUCCAAAGGCUGGAAGAAGUUGAGAAGAGGCGCAAGAACUUAUAGGAUUUGUAACACUAGGGAGCUUAAUAGGAGACCCUCUUUAUGUUUAUCUGCACACUGUUUCAUUCGGCGAGUCUCUCUUUCUUGUCUGUUCUAGUACAGCUAGUUUUGAAGUUCACUAACCACUUGGAAAAAUUUGUUAUAUCAUAGAAUCAUCUGGAAACUGUUGUGUUUCUGCAUACCCUUCUUGUGAUUGUAUGGUUACUACGACAUUCAUGGUAUACCCAUCUCAUUUCUAUUCCAA